AAAGAAUUGAUCACACGAUCGCGACCUCGCACAUCGUCUACUGGUGUCGGGCCAAUUAAUCAUGUUCUAUUCAUACAUCCAUAUCAUCUUCUAGCCUAGAUAACUCGAAGUCAUCCCCCGUUGGGCGGUCCAGUUCGUAUGCAGAGAUCAAUUGUCGAGGCUGUCCAAUUUGGGCAGCACUGAAGCUCUUGGCUGCGAAAGGAGACGGCCAGAAAAUGAGAUAACAUAUCGAAGCGCACAAGAUGCCAAUCAGGCCUCCAGCGAUAACAUCCUCUUUGUGAUGUCUCUACCUCAGCGAUUGGAUUAGAAUGAUGAUGGAGCUUGGAAGCGAGUUUCGCACGUAGUCUUCGAGUCUGGUGACUGCGACGAAGAUAGCCCAGCAGAGCGGGGCCAACGUCAGUGUGAAACGGGCCAGACGGCUUGACCGCAGCGAGCCAGAGGCGGCAGGAGAAUGGAAACACCACGCCGCAAGCUGUCCUGCUAGCCAGAACGACAAGAAUGUCAUCCCCGCAAAUGCAGCUGAUGAGUGGCCGGAUGGGAAGGAACGUCGUCCGUCGAGGAUAUCAUGAUGUUUGCUGCAGAAAUAAAGGUCCGUAUAGGUUCUUCGAGAUAAAAUGGAUCUCACCCUGUGCAAACAGACUCGACAGCAUCCCAUUUACAACGAGCGAGAAAAUCCGGUCGCAAUCUCCCUAGACCGAGUUAGCGGGGACAAGGCAAGGUCGAACAGGACCUGUUCUUCAAUGCGUUUGUGAACACCCGCGCCAGACCCCUGCCCGCAAGAAGCGCCAGCACCCCAUGAUGCACUGCGAAGAGUGAGCGCCGAUAGAUGCCGCCGGCCAGCGCAAGUGCCCCAGGCACAAUGAGCGCAAUGAGAUGGUUUGUUGGGCCGCUGAUUCUGCCCCAGUGCAAUCCGGUAAGUUGGGAAUAAGAGGGGUCACGAGCACUGACUGGCUUUUCGCAUGCGGAUGGCUGAUGAGUGUAUCAUCCAAACGAAAGUCACGUUCGAAAACUGGUAGUCGGGCUGCGACCUCAGAAAGGAUCCAGAAUGCUGUCACGACAAGCCUGUGUUCUUGGUAUUAGGCUAGGCUGAGACUUUGCUCUAGGGCGGACAGACCAGUCAGUGAGAUACGAUCUGUCAGGCCAGUCAAAUGCAUCAUUCCCGAACACUCUCCUGAUUCUCGUUCGCAGUGACAUCGUUGUCAGUGACAGAGCGCGGGGAAGCGUGGGAACUUGUGGGAACCCCUGCCGGGGUCCGUGCAGACUUCAAAAACGCCAUCGUCACACGCGUUACGUGUCGCGUCCGUGACAGUUCCUCUCUCUUCUUACUUCACUGCUCCAUCUCCAUGGCCAAGGACAAACCUUCUGCGAGCAUCAAAGCCAAAGCCAAAGCCAAAGGUCAAAAGUCGAUCCAAUCGUUCUUCAAGAAACCCGCUGCCUCCAAGGCCAAAGGUAGAGCGAAAGCCACCGACGACGAUUCGGAUGGUGCAGCGCAGGAGGACGAGGUCGUUGUCGCCGACGGAGACGACGGAGACGCGGUAAUUGGAAGUGAAGCUGUGUCUUCGGACGACGAAGGCCAAAACGCGACCCGCACCACUACCACAUCCUCCACACGAGACCUCGCGAAAGUCAUCCCUGAGAUGUCCGAGCUACCCCCAAUCAACGAGAUUCCGGCCAUCUUCGCCGACCUCGUAUCACGCAUCCCCAGGAUACAAUCCGUCGCGCAGCGCCUCGCGGGCCGCAAGCUUCGCGUUGCUACGAUGUGUUCCGGCACUGAAUCACCCUUACUGGCACUGGAGUUGAUUGGGAAGGCCGUUCUCGACCAGCACCAGUUGGGCCUGGAUGUCGAGCACGUCUUUUCGUGUGAAAUUGAGCCCUUCAAACAGGCUUACAUAGAACGAAAUUUCCACCCUCCGUUGUUGUUCAGAGAUGUCUGCGAGUUGGGCGGGGAUGAAGCACAUACUGCAUACGGUGCACUCAAACCUGUUCCCGGCAAUGUGGACCUGCUUGUCGCCGGGACAUCUUGCGUUGAUUACUCCAACCUCAACAACGAGAAACAGGACAUCGACGCUAAAGGUGAAUCUGGGCAGACUUUCCGUGGGAUGAUGUCCUGGGUCAAGCGUCACCGUCCGCCGCUCGUGAUUUUGGAAAAUGUGUGCUCGGCCCCAUGGCCUCGAGUUGAGGAAGAAUUCGAGAAGAUUGGCUACGCUGCUCGGUUUGCCCGAUUUGACACGAAGCAGUAUUACAUUGCGCAUACCAGGACGCGGGUGUACUUGAUCGCUGUCGACAUGCGAGGGAAGAGCAAAGACGUGACGAGUUCGAAGCCUGGCUUCAAGUGGAAGAAGAAGCACACAAGGGAUGAUGACUCGGACGCGGAGCCCGACUCUGGAAUCACUGACGAGUGGUACCGGUUGGUCACCGAGGACCUGAAGCGACCCGCGUCUUCACCUUUGGACGCAUUUCUGCUCGCGACGGACGAUCCACGAAUCCACGAAGCACGACAAAAGCUGGUCAAGGAGAGCUAUAAUGCAGUUGACCGCAAGACGGGGAGGACAGAUUGGAAUCGAUGUGAGCGACGACAUGAGCGUGCUAGAGUCGAGGAGAUGUUGGGCAAGAAGCGACCACUAACAAACUGGGAAGAUGGCGGGUCGUGUCGUAUGCCUGAUUACUGCUGGGCUGACUGGGGCGUUGGUCAAGUCGAGCGUGUCUGGGAUCUGAUGGACAUCUUGUUCCUCCGCUCAGCGAAGAAAGGCAUCGACCCGUCGUACAAAACCUCAGUGUGGAAUCUCUCUCAGAACGUGGACCGUUCUCUGGGUGCGCGGACCGGAAUAUCCCCGUGUCUCACUCCGUCGAUGAUUCCGUACAUCACGAACCGCGGCGGGCCAAUGGUGGGGCUGGAGGCGCUCUCGAUGCAAGGCUUACCUGUGGACAAAUUACUUCUAACGCGUGAGACGGAGGAUCAGUUGGCCGAUUUGGCAGGGAAUGCCAUGUCGACUACUGUCGUCGGCGCGUGCAUUCUCGCUGCGCUCGUGUCCGGUAUGCACCUGCUAAAGGAGGGUGUCAAAGCGGUUGAUGCGAUGGAGGUUGACGACGAGGUACAAGGGAUUGCUGACGUCAUUGGCGAGGACAAACUGGUCUCGCGUUCGCUGGAUCUGUCUGCUGCGAGCUCAGACUGCUCGCUACCCGAGCUGCUGAAGCUUGCUCACGAGAGUGCGCGGUUGUGCAUGUGCGAGGGCCGAACGGACAUCACGAGCCGUCCGAUCAACCGCUGCAAGGACUGUGGAUCAACCUCCUGUAUUCGGUGUGGGGGUCGGCCAGAGCACAACGCGUCGCUCGUGACCGAGACCCGCGUCCAUCCAUCGAAGUUUGCAGAUCAGAUCAAAGCGACGUUGCCGAUGUGUCUAGCAUUCGAGGGCAUCUCGAAAGAGCUGCUCGAUGCACUCAAGGGUGACGACGACUAUUCGGAGUCAUGGGCUGUCUCCGUGCAGCGCAUCGCUCAAGCAGAGCUGCGAUUCAUCGAGCCCAAGCGCCAGGAGAUCUGGGUCGCGUGCUACCAAUCUCCGUUUGCGCAGCUGGAACUGCAUUUACAUCCGCAGCAGCCCGAGUGGCGGCUGUACGCCAAAGCCGGCGAGACAGAGCCGGCGAGAGCAGAGAUCCGUAAGAUCCUCAAGGCGCCUGUGGCUCGAUUGCGCUGCUCAGAUGGCCUCUUCUCCGGCGCUUGGGAAGUCUGCUUGCCUCAGUUCUCGAGCGCGCAGGUCGAGAUCUCUGGGGAAGGCGAACUGGUUCCAUCCUGGGAAACGAGGCUGGGCUUGACGGACGAUGAGUUCCGGGACAAGAAGGUGUACUCGAAGCUGCGGAUUAGUGCUCCGUCCAACACUCAAUUCGAUCGUGAUAUCUCGGGCGUGUACACGCUUUUGGAUCAAUGCGGGACCGCCAACGGAGCACUGCAUCGCAAAGAGGAGGAUCUGCACUCCAGUUCCCCGCCUUUGUUCAUGCUGCUCGACCCAGAACGCACGACUGAGGACAACGACUCUUUUGUCUUCUCAAUCAGCCCUCGACGGUACGAGUUCGGCGAAUCCCGGCCCAUCGUCGGGAUCUUGGACUCGAAGUGGCGCCCGUCAGACACGACCAAAGUGAGCAAGGUCAUAUGUCGGUUCCCCAUUUGGAAAACCUCGGACAGUCUCCGGCUUGUGCCUACACAUCAUCCCGACGCCCGAUAUGCAGUCCCACAGGACGUGCUUCAGCUGACGCACGACGCUUGCGGGAAUCCCUCCGCUGUGUUGGUCUGUCGGGUGCCUCUUCCUGGCGAAACGGGCCCGGAAUGGCCCCGCGGGAAGUGGGGACAGAUAGACAAGGUGUCCGAGCGGCCUGUAUUCCGCAAGUUGGCGUGGCUGCUCGAGCGGAUCCGACACAUCGACGAUCGUUUCUCGGGCACAUGGCACACACUCGAUCUCCCCGACCACUUCCACCACUGUGACCGCUGUGCACCGCGGCCACCCAAGCUAGAAUGGGUGCAGACGGGAAAGAACAAGACUGUUGCUCUGGAAGAUUCAAUCCAGGCCGGCGCUUACGAGCGCAGUCUCAAAACACGACCCAGUCCGUUCGUGACACAGCUGAUGAUCGACCCAGCAGCUGCCGAUCUAGCGACUGUCCGUGUCGGCUUCAACGCCCCGACCCUCGUCCACCGCGCCCUCUCCCGUCUUCCGACCGCGAACCGUCCCGAGCGGCCCGAGGUCUCGUGGAAGCUGAACACAAGCUACGUCGCGACUGUGAACAGGACCCUGCCCAAAUUUGUCAUCAAGAGCAACAAGCAAGACCAGGAGCACACGCAGCCGCCCAACUUCAAGACAGAAAUGACUCUGCGCCCGGAGCAGUUGCGCUCGCUACACUGGAUGAUUCAGCAGGAAUCUUCCGAUGCGGGCCCGUUCCUGGAGGAAGAGAUCUCCGAGGCCAUGCUCCCGUCUCUCGGCUGGCGCGCCGAAGGCCGCGCGACGCGCAAAGUGCAUCUGCGAGGCGGUGUUCUUGCCGAUGCAGUUGGGUACGGCAAAACAGCCAUCACGCUCGGGCUGAUCGACUGCAACGCGAAAUCGGUGGCGAAAGAGUUCAAGAAAGCCGAGCAGACCGGGGCGAUGGCUGGCAAGAUCCGCACGAAAGCGACAUUGAUAGUGCCUUACAAAGUGUCGAUCGAGGACAUCCAAGAUGCGGAUCUGGUGAUCGUUGCCUCCAGUCUGCAGAAAGGCACGGCGUACCUCGAUAGUCUGGAGCUGCUCGCGGCGAACGGGUCUCUGCCACCCUCGGCGUCCGGCGGUCGGCACUUCAAUGCAAGGCUGGAUGAAGUAUGCGAGUCGUUGAAGAAGCAAGUGGAUCGGUUGAGGGACGAGGGCUCCAAGGCCGUGUUGGACGAGAUCAAGGAGGCUCAGAUCGCUGAAGAAAAGGCUGCCCAGGCUCGGAUUCUGCUGAAGCGACUCAAGGGUCGUGCCUACCGCGAGGCCCAGGAAGCCAAGGCCAAAGCUGCUGUGGCAGAGCUUGUCGAUGACCAGAUGGAUGUCGACGAGCACCCGUCGCCCACAUCCUCCAAUUCACGCAAGGUUGAAGUUGUUAUCCCCCUUCCUCCAGGCCGCCGUGCUGGCAAAGAGAUGCCGCUGGCAGACUCUGACUCCGACGACGAGGAGAACAACCCAAACGGUCUCGCCGUGCCGCCGCCAAGAAGGUUGCCACGAUCGUUAUCUCAGAUGACGAGGAAGACGAUGAGCCCCCAAGAAGCAGCAGCCAAGGCCAAAGCUCAGGCUGAGAAACGACCCUUGAAGCGGCGAAAAUCUAGUACGACCGACAACGACUCGGAGGACUCGGAGACCAGCGGCCGGCCAGCUAAAAAGCAGAAACAACGAGUGAUCUCUGAUCCAUGGAAGCUCGACACGGCGAAAACGCGGAAAGACUGGACGCAGAUGCUCGCGCCUCCGCUGGAGAUGUUCCAUUUUGCGCGCAAGGUCGUCGACGAGUACACGUACCUGGACGGCAAGGUGCACACACUCGUCACCCAUCUCACUGCGGAGCGACACUGGACGAUCUCGGCCUUCCUGGGGCUUCAUCUCGGCAUCGACGACGACGGCGAGGGCCAAUCGACCGAAGUCAAGAAGCGGAAGCGGGAGCAGACGGAUGCGGAGAAGUUCCACUCUUUCCGGGAGGUGCACUCGCUCGAGUGGCAUGCCAAUCGACAUGAGCUGGGACAGCGCUUCCUCGAUCGCUUCGUGCGCCAGAACGUGCCCGAGAUCGACGAGAUCCCGUUCGAGGACAAGGUGGUCGAGAUCGUGCUGCCCGCUGCCGAACGCGCGAUCUACCUGGAGCUCGAGCACCACCUGCGGGCGCUGGACAUGACGAUCAAGCGCGGGAAGAAGAGCGACAGCGAUCGCGAGAAGCGGCUGAACAAGUCGCUGGGCGACAGCAAGUCUGCGGAGGAGGCCCUACUGAAGCGCUGCUCCCAUUUCGACCUCGACACGAAAAACGAGAAUGCCAUGAAAGCCUGCGGUCAAGGCGGUGUCAAAAAGGAGAAGGAGCUCGGCACUCUCCCCGAGGAGUCUAUUUUCUCGAUCUGGGUCCGGUCGAUGACAGACACAGGCGUCGAUGACGUCGAUGCGACCACCCACAUCCGCGAAAUCCUUGAACAAGCCGACGUGGCCUCGAUGAAGAAACACCGGAAAUCCGGCCCGGACAAGCUCACCGGCAAAGUC